UCCAACGACACGGUACCUACGUAUCAAUUGGAACAGACGCUUACGAUCCUAAUAUCAUCGUACGGCAGGAGAUUUCUCGAUCCUCGCACGUUUUGGUCCUUCAAUCGCAAUUUACGCAAUCUCGCCCGAUCCCCCUGACUUCCAUCAUCCUCUUUGCUGAGUACGCUGUGGAAAAGGAUAUGAGCACUGCGCAGAAUAAACCGCAAAGUACACAGUACGACAAUAUCGGCAAGAAAUAUGAGAAAGGGUUCGUGAUGCCGGCUGUGGAGCCGGAGGCGCUGAGUGUGAUCAAGGCGCUUGGGGAUGUGAGGGGGAAGAGGUGUCUUGACCUCGCCUGCGGCACCGGCCGCUACACCCACCUCCUGCACACCCUCGGCGCCGCCUCCAUCCACGCCUUCGACAUCUCCCCCGCCAUGAUCGCCGCCGCCCAAUCCUCGUACCCAGCAGAAACAUAUCCCAACAUCCGAUUCGCCGUCGCGGAUUGUAGCAAGCCCCUCCCGCUUGACCAACCAGAUGGAGAAGCAAAUGAGAACUUCGACAUUAUCUUCGCCGGCUGGUUUCUCAACUACGCCGGCACAGAAGAGGAAUUAGAAGGCAUGUUCAGGGUUAUCAGGAGUAAUUUGGCGGAAGGCGGCAGGUUCGGGGGGAUUACGACCGAUGUAUCGGAUGCGAGGAUGCAUCUGCCCAAGCACGAUUUCUACGGCAUAGAUGUCGAGGUUUUGAACCCGGAGUAUCGCGCUCCUUCUUCUCCUUUGCCGUCAACUUCCUCCACAAGAGUCACGUUCCGCGACGCGGGCAUCUCGUUCGAGUGUUUCCAGUUCAAGAAGGAGGUGUAUGAGAGGUGUGCGGCGAGAGCGGGGAUGAAGUUAACAUGGGCGGAGUUGGUGUUACCGGAGGACGAAAGGAAGGAGGAUGGGUUCUGGGAGAGGUGGUUGGAACGGCCAACUUUCUCGGUGGUUGUGGGGGAAUCCGCGUAG